AUGACAUACGUGGUAUAUGGUGGCUCAAUCUAUCUAAUUUUCCUUGUAAUUUUACACAUCAUCAAUUGUAACGUAGUGUUAUCGCACAGACGUACUAGCUAUGCUUUUAUAACUUCCAGAUCCAUACAGUUGCAAACAAAUAACAUAAAAUCAUGCCACAAAGUUACAUUUGUGACCCCAAAGGGAAAAAAAAUUGUAUAUUGCGAAGAAGACGAAUAUGUUCUUGAUUCUGCAGAAGCUGCAGGGCUGGACCUGCCUUAUAGUUGCAGGGGAGGUAGCUGCUCUACUUGCAACUGCAUGCUAACCGAUGGCAACAUGUCUAACGAAGAUCAAAGCUACUUGACCGAUGAGGAGCUUAGGAAAGGCUAUCGCUUAAUUUGUACCGCGUAUCCUCACUCCGAUUGCACAGUCAUCACGCACAAGGAGGAUGAAUUACACAAACUUAGGGGGGAAUCCUCAUAA